AUGGUGGAUGAUUGGGGGCAGGCCAAGCUGCCGGCGCCGGAUACCACGCUGGAGGGCGCGUACUGCCGACUCCGACCGCUCGAGCUGGAGCGGGACGUGCCGGUGCUCUUUGCCGAGACGCACGGCGACGCGACCAAGGCUGCCGUGUGGACGUACAUGAAGUACGGUCCGUGGGAGACCGCCGAAGCCAUGCAGGCGCACUAUGCGCUGCUCAAGCCGGCGACGCAGCUCAUGCUGAUUGUCGAGUCAAAGCAAUCUGGCAAGAUUGUCGGAUCCAUCUCGUACAUGACCAUGGAGCCGAACGACCGAUCGAUCGAGCUCGGGAGCAUCUUUUACUUUGCAUCCGCUCAGCGCACCGAGGCCAACACGGAGGCGGCCUACUUGCUCGCGCGCCAUGCAAUUGAGGUGCUGGGCUACCGCCGCGUCGAAUGGAAGGCGAAUGCGCUCAAUGCAAAGUCGCGCAAGUCUGCCGCCCGCAUGGGGUUUGUCUAUGAGGGUAUUCUCCGAAGCAAGUGCAUCACCAAGGGGAAUAACAGAGACACGAUCUACUUCUCCAUGCUGGAAGACGAGUGGUACGCGUCGCGAAAGGCCAACUACGAAAAGUGGCUGUAUCAGAAUGCGACUCCGCGAAUCUCGUUGGCAGAGCUGAAUGGAAAUCUGUACGCGGGUCCCGAGCCUGUUACCGCGGCAGCUGCGGCUGCCUUCCAACCCACGCGAGCAGGAGCCGUGUCGUAUGUCUCCCCCAAUGGUCUGACCGUUCUGGGCGCUGCUGCCACAAUGACUGCCUCGCCACUGCCUUCAGGGUCGCCAUCAACUCCUGCUUCGGCUGGCGACGCCUCCGAUUCAAGUGCUGUCUUGGCGCGCUUGCGUGCUCUCGAGCAAGAGCUGACUGCGUUGAAGCAAAAGGUGCUUGGCGGGCAGGCUUGA